AUGGCCAUUCAUCCGUUAAAGGAUCUCUCUGAGGCCGAGUUCAAGCUCGCCGGCGACGUCGUGAAGGAGCUCUACUCCUCCGAAGUGACGCUCUUCUUCCGCGCAAUCUACCUGCAAGAGCCGAAGAAAGCAGAGCUCAUUCCCUUCUUGCAAGCCGAGCAUGAAGGCACCCUCAGCGACAGCACGCCGCGCCCUCCGCGACGGGCGCGGCUCCAGUACGAUGUAAUCAAGAACGGGAAGCUCCCGGAGUACACAACAUCCAUCGUCGACCUCGAAAAGAAGACAGAAGCCGAGCGCAUCGUGGCCAAGCCAGAGUCUCAGACCGGCUACACCCCCGACGAGUUCGGCGCCUUCCAAGACGCCUGCAUCGCCUCUCCCCUCUUCAAAGACGCAAUGUCGGAGUUCUCCCUCCCCGAGAACUUUACAGUCACGAUUGACCCUUGGCCCUACGGCGGCCCAGACCCAUCGGACGGCGCCAUCCCACGCACAAUGCAAGGCCUCGUCUUCGCCCGCGACGCCGCCGCCGACAACCUGGACUCGAACCACUACGCCUACCCGAUCCCCAUCAUCCCCGUCAUGGACUUCACCACCAAGAAGAUCGUCCGCGUCGACCGCCUCGCCACGGGCGGCAAAGACGACUCCCUGCACCCGCAACCCAGGAACACUUCCGCCGGCCCCAAACCGCUCUUCACGACGAAGAUCACCCCCGGCGCUGAGUACGUCCCGGAACUGCUCGACGUCCCCCAGCGCGCGGACCUGAAACCCAUCAACAUCACGCAGCCUGAAGGCGCCAGCUUCACGGUCCACAGCGACAACCUCGUGUCCUGGCAAAAGUGGCGCUUCCGCCUCGGCUUCACCCCGCGCGAGGGCGCCGUCCUGCACGACCUCUGCUACGACAACCGCCCCGUGCUCUUCCGCCUCAGCUACAGCGAGCUCACCGUCCCCUACGGCGACCCGCGCCCGCCCUUCCAGCGCAAGCAGGCCUUCGACCUCGGCGACGGCGGCUUCGGCCGCGUCGCGAACAACCUCGAGCUCGGGUGCGACUGCCUCGGCGCGAUCCACUACUUUGACGCGUUGCUGGCGGAUGCGGGGGGCAACCCGACGGUGGCCAAGGCGGUGGUGUGUCUGCACGAGCAGGACAACGGGAUCGGGUGGAAGCACACGAACUUCCGCACGAACCGGGCGGUGGUGACGAGGUUGCGGGAGCUGGUGGUGCAGUGCGUCGUCACGCUGGCGAACUACGAGUACGUGUUUGCGUACAAGCUCGACACGGCGGGGGGGAUCACGCUGGAGACGCGGGCGACGGGGGUGAUGAGCGUGGUGGCGAUGGACGCGGGCAAGACGGAGAGCGAGUACGGGGUCGUCGUGGCGGACGGGGUGCUGGCGCAGAACCACCAGCACGUGUUCGCGGUGCGGAUCGAUCCCGCGGUGGACUCGUACGCGGCCGGGGACACGGGGGUCGUGGUGGAGGAGAGCGUGCCGGUGGCGAUAGACGAGCGGACGAACCCGUAUGGGAAUUUCUAUAAAGUGGUGAAGCGGGAGGUGGAGCGCGCGUGCUGGGUGGACGCGGAGCCGCGGGUGAACCGCGUGGUGAAGAUGCAGAACCGGCGGGUGCGGAACGCGGUGAGCGGGCGGAACGUGGCGUACAAGCUUGUGCCGAGCGCGACGCAGCUGAUACUCGCGGACGAGGCGAGCCAGGUGAGUAAGAGGGCCAAGUUCGCGCGGCACCAUGCGUGGGUGACGGGGCACCGGGAUGAGGAGCUGUGGGCGGCGGGGGAGUUUACGAACCAGAGCGUUGAGGAGGAGGGGGGCGUGUGGGAUAUGGUGCAGCGGGGGGACUGGUUUGGCGAUGGUGAUGGUGAUGUUGGGGAGAGGAACGGAGGAGGUGAGGGGAGGAAGAGUAGUCCGGUCAUCUGGAGCGUUUUCGGGCUGACGCACAAUCCUCGGGUUGAGGACUGGCCUGUGAUGCCCGUCGAGAUCCAUCAGAUGCACAUCCGGCCUGCGGAUUUCUUCACGUCGAACCCGGCGCUGGAUAUGCCUGGGGUCAGGAACAAGACGAGCGUGAUUGUGCCGUGCUGUGGAGAGUCAGGACAGAACGGGGCAAACGGGGCGAAGCAGGGGGGUAGUGUGCAGAGGGAUCCGGCGGCGCAUCUUCAGGGGCCGGGACCGGAUGUUGAUGCUGAGGAUGUCGGGGCGCAUACGCGAUAG